UCCAUCAUUUUCCCAUCUCCUCUACUCACUCUCCCCUCCGACAAACAUGGCUGCGAAAUCUGACGGUGCAGCCGUCUCUCCUCGAAACCAAAUCCCACCCGACUGUCCCUCCAGGUCGGACCCUCGGCCUCCGCAGCGCCCUCCCGCCGACCAUCGAUAUUCCCUCUCGGACUGCUGCUGGACCCUCUGCGCCCUUUUGGUCUUCUUCUCGGACGGGGCCUCAGACCUGUGGCUGGCCGCCGACUACUACCUACGGAGGGAGUACUGGUGCUUCGCACUGACUCUGGUCUUUGUGGUUAUCCCCUCCUUAGUGGUGCAAGUGUUGAGCUUCCGAUGGUUCGCCUACGAUUUCUCCGACACCCCCGAGAGCGGCACGGCUGCAGCCGCUGUAGUGGCGGCGUCGGGAGCGGAGGUGAGCGACUUCGCUGGCAAGGACGGCGACGAGCGGGGCGCUGGCCGCCGCUGCACCUCCGCGGCCGUCGCACUGCCCGGCCCGACCACCGGAGGAGGAGGAGGAGGAGCCCGGGGCUGCUGUAGAGUCUUCAUGUGGCUCUUCCAGGCCGUCAUUCACAUCUUUCAGCUUGCUCAAGUGUGGAGGUAUGUCCGAGCCCUGUAUUUGGGUGUGCAGAGCCGCUGGCACAGGGAGCCGGAACGGCGGCACUACUACUGGCGCAUGAUGUUUGAGAGCGCUGACAUCAGUAUCCUGCGUUUGCUCGAGUCCUUCCUGAAGAGCGCCCCCCAGCUGGUGUUGCAGCUCUCCAUCAUGAUACUCGCCGGUCAGGUGCUGCCUCUACAGGGACUUUCAGCCUCCGCCUCGCUGAUGUCCCUGGCCUGGAUGAUUGCCUCCUAUCAGAAAGUCCUGAGGGACUCCAGAGAUGAUAAGCUCCCCAUGACCUACAAGGCGGUCAUCGUUCAGAUCCUGUGGCAUCUCUUCACCAUCGGGGCUCGAGCGCUGGCCUUCGCCCUCUUUGCCUCCGUGUUUCAGCUUUACUUUGGCAUCUUCAUCGUGGCCCACUGGUGCAUCAUGACGUUUUGGAUCAUUCAAGGCGAGACUGAUUUCUGCAUGUCCAAGUGGGAGGAGAUCAUCUAUAACAUGAUGGUGGGCAUCGUGUACGUCUUCUGCUGGUUCAGCGUCAGGGAGGGCCGCACUCGCUGCAGGAUGCUCACCUACAGCCUGACUGUGUUUGUGGAGAACGUGGCCCUCACCACCACCUGGUAUCUGUACCGCAGCCCUCGCACCUCAGACUUUUACGCCGUCGUCAUGGUGUGCGUGGUGGCCAGCAGCUACGCUCUAGGCACCUUCUUCAUGUUUGUUUAUUACUGUCUCUUGCACCCUAACGGCCCCGUCUCGGGCUGGGGCUACGUGUCGGAGAAGGAGGUGGCUGCGGAGGCGCUGGUGUCGCCAACUUCCAGCCUCCCCCCUGACUUGGUGAACAGCCCCCCCAGGACACUGCAAAGAACUAAAGACAGAGAACAGGGGUCCGGGAUGGACGGAGAUGUGUUCCUGGUGCGAACACUCCGAGGGACGAGGGCUCCGAUGCCCCACCCUACACCCAGGACAGAGGGGCCCGUCAUCCGAAUAGACCUUCCCAGGAAGAGUUACCCUGCCUGGGACGCUCACUACAUCGACCGCAGGCUACGGAAAACAAUCCUGGUGCUGGAAAGCGCCGCUCCGGUUGCGCCGAGGAUUCAGUACCGUUGCCUGGGCACACCCAAAGAAGUGAUGGAGUACGAAACCACCGUGUGACGCGACAAUGAAGCUAAUCUCCGUUUUGACUUGAUUGAUUGCUCGGAACUGCCAAGCAGUGGAGACAAAUAAUGGGAGUGUUUUUUUGCAAAUGGUGGUGCAUAUUAAACUGUAGUUUCGAUAUCAUUUCUCAGGUUAGGGAUGACGGUAAAAAAAAAAAAAAAAGCACGUCGACGAGAGAAGCACAGUGUCAGAACUUCAAUCAGAGGCAGUGACUCCUCCUCAGUAAGGACACGCCUUCAACAUGUCUGACAAUAAACGGCAGCUACAACUAAAGCAUCACAGCGGGUGGGUGGGUGAGUGGGUGAGUGCUUUUAAAGCAGACACUCGGUGCACUUUUAAAUACCGCACAAAUAGUCAUCUUCACCUUUUUUUCCCCAAUGCUGCUCACUCAUGUUGAAGGAGUCUCUAACAAAAUAAAAAUAAAAAAUACAGCUUUCAAAUGUGGAGCACAGUGUAAAAGCAACAUCAGAGCUGAAUGUAAAAACUGUAGAAAAAGUGUAUGUUUGUGAUGAUGAUGAUGAUGAUGAUUUCCAUGUCAUCGUUGGGAUGAGGUAGACAAUUUUAGUCUUUAAAAAGAAGAACAUGUCCACUAAACAAGAGCUACUGUAUGUGACAAAAAGGUAGAUUUGUAAAUGAAACAAUGAGGAGGAACCUAUAGCCGUCUGUACUCUGUUCUGUAUCCAUAUUUUGUUCCGUGAGUAAUGUAAAGAAAAUUUUAGCUGCAGACAUGAGACUUUAUUGAUGGUAACGGCAUGUAUCUUUCAUCAGGGUUCUUUUUUUUUCUCCUAUGGAUUAGUCACAAGUGGAAAAUGUGUGUAUUUGUAUGUGUGAGAGAAAGUUACAUUGAAAUUUAUGAUAAUGUUACUGAGAGGAGGAAAAAAAAAAAAGACAGUUUUGUUGUAAACACUGUCCAGACACAAACAUAGAUCAUAAACAUUCUAUUCAGCACCUUUUAACAACUAUAUAAGGGAAAACGUCUAAUGAUGAUUAUGGUGCUAACUGUCUCCAAGCCAUCAUGUAUCAAACCACGCAGUGUCACGUCAAAUAAGCUCGGAAGGAACUGUACCUCAAAUGCAACGCAAAAAUCAAAAAAGCCUUAAAACUGGUCACACCAGAUUGUUGCGAGACAAAAAGCAAAAGGAGUGAAGUGAAGACAAUGUCAUAAAGUCACUGUUGCUUGAAUAAAGCGCAAUGUGUUUAC